AUGGCGGCGACUACGCAUACGCAGGAUCCCAUGCACCUCGAGCCCAUCUUUGUGAAUCCUCGGUCACCCCACCGUUGGGUCCGUGGGGUGAAUCUCGGAGGGUGGUUGCUAUUGGAACGGUAUAUCUCUCCAUUCCAGUUCAGUAUCACGUCUUGUCAUCUCGAAGGUGACUUUUGUUGGUAUCCAGGUCAAGCCAGUGCUCCUCCCGAGGACUCUCCUGAGUAUCAGCUCUGUGAUCUUUAUGCCUGUCAGCCUCAUCUGAUUGAGAACGUCGAUAACAUUGUGGAUUAUCCCAUUGACGAAUACACACUCAGCAGCUCCUUUUCUAGUAAGGAAACGGGAGCCCAGUGGCUGAACUUUCACUUUGAACACUUUUUGAAGCGGGAAGACUUGGUCGCCAUUAAAGAGGCGGGAGCUACCCAUGUCCGAGUUCCGGUGCCGCAUUUCAUGUUGGAAGAACCACGAGACGAUGAACCAUGGAUUGCGGGAGAUCGGUGGAAGUAUUUUGUGCGAGCGGCCAAGUGGUGCCGGGAGAUUGGAUUGGAAAUGUGGCCCGAUUUACAUACGGUACCAGGCAGUCAGAACGGGUUCGACAAUGGAGGUCAAUAUUUGAACAUCCCCACUUGCAAUGGAUGGGCCUACAGUCAACAAAAUAUCUUGCGUACCGUUGAGGCUGUCAAAAACAUGGCUCAUGCCAUCAAACGAUAUGGAUUGGAUGAUGUUGUGACUGGGGUUGGACUCUUGAAUGAACCCUUUACAGGAUGUGAUCAAGGAAUUGUCCGUCACUAUUACCAGUUAGGACUGGAGGCUGUGCGAGGUAUCCUGGGAAAGAACACAGCCGUGUACAUUAGUGAUAUCUUUGAAGCAAACAAGUUCAAUGAUGGCUUUUGGCAGGGAUCAAGUGAAUACGAGAAUACUUUCUUGGACAGCCAUUACUACCACGUCUUUGGUGAACGCUCAAGAUCUCUCAGCCCACGAGGUCAUAUUGCUUAUGUCUGCCAAAAGAACUAUCGCGAGGCAACUUCUUGUUGCUACGAGAAUCCGCCUGCCAAUACGAAGGUCUCCACUGGCAUGAAGCGCAUGUUUGGAGAGUGGAGUGUCUCCUAUGAUACUUUGGUGGUGCUGAAACUGUACAACGUCACUGCCGGGAUUGCCAAGACUGGCAUUGCCCCUUACUUUGACCGUCAGAUUCCUCCAGCGAGGCAAGACUUCUUGAGGAAUUUUGCGAAGGCCCAGAUGAUUGCUUAUGAAGCCGCAGAGGUUGGAACAUCGGCUGGCUGGUUCUACUGGACAUUCAAGAUGGAAGGAGGUGUGUUUGCCGAGUGGGAUUUCUUGCGCGGUAUUCGGGAGGGCUGGCUUCCAAAAGUGCCACCAGUGAAUGUUUCUUCGGAGGAAUUCUUCGAUACAACCUGCCACAACUUGAUCUUUCGAACGGAUGACAGCAUGAAAAUCGUCAAGGAAUAUCCCGAUCCGGACAACUUGCCUGAAAACACCUGGUUUGGAGACGAGAUUGACGAUGACGUCGUUGUUUCUCAUGGUGAUUCUCUGCUGAAGGGCUGGAAGGGAAGUAGUUCUAAGAAUGGCGCGGGGCUCAGCUUCGAUUCGGCGCACGGGAUACGCAACAAUAUAUUUUUGUGUGCCGCCAUUAUGUUCUUUGGUUAUGCUGUCUGGCGAGUGUGUUUCAAGGGACGCCGCCAGCGAAAGGGCUACACAGAGCUUGAGCAAACCAAUUAG